AUGGCCCAUGGCCUAAUUGACAUAAUAAAUAACCGCAUGAAUGACAAAUGGGGCUUAAUAUUGAUCCACGAGAACACGAGGAGUCGGCUCGGGCGUUUGCAUCCCGUCUCUGCAGUCGUUGAUGUCAAUAUCGACAUUGCCGUGGAAAGGAGUAAUGUUGUUGUUUCUGUCGGUUUCAUUCUUGUUGCAGUCGCAAUCACCGUUGGCAUUGGCAAUAUUCUUAUCCUCAGAGGCCUUGUUUUCAGAACCCUCCUCCUCCUUCUCUUCCUCACGCUGCAACCCCUCCAACAGCGAAUCGAUGAUCUCCAUACUCCUCCGACUUGUCAGAUCGGGUCUCUCGAAAACUGCCACCUCAUAAUUAUUAUUAUCCUCCUGGUUCCCAUGCUUCUCAUCAGCAUCGCCGUUAUUGGCAUGAGCAUUGCCGUGCUCGUUGACACUGGCUUCUGGAUGACCCCCCUCCAAGCCCGCUCAGUCAUAUCAUUCAACCCCGCAAAUGACGCAGAAUUCGCAUCCCACCUCGACGCAGCAUAG